AUCAAGGAGGUAUGCAGAGAGUCCAUGGAGCACCAAAGCAGAAGAGAGAGAAGGAAUAAGAGGGAGAAGGAGGUGGAGGAGGAGAAGAUGCCAACUUUUUGGUUUGCCUUGAAGAGAUCUCUCCACUGCAACUCUGAGCCAUCAGAGGUUCAUGAUCCAAAGGCCAGGGGGCAUCUUGAAACCAUCUUGACACGGACGGCAGGAAGGUCUGGGUGCUCUAGAUCCAUGGCCAACCUCAAAGAUGUGAUCCAUGGGAGCAAGAGACACCUUCCGAAGCCACCAAGUUGCAGUCCAAGGUCCACCGGGAGCAGUAAGCUUCUGAAUCCCAUCACCCAUGAGGUUGUUCUUAGCAAUCCAAGCUGUGAGCUGAGAAGGAUCACUGGAUCCGGAGCCUGUCAUGACUCUACCUAUGUUGGCACCGUUUGGUCUGGGACACCAUGGCCAGGAGUCCACCAUCCUCUCCAACAUAACCCUUCAUGCACACCAAGAAGAUGUCCUAGCUUUUCUGGGGUUUCAUCUCUCUCUCCUGCUUUGCCUGGCAAUGGUGUUGCUGCAGUUCAUCAUGCUGUUCCAGCACCAAGGUUCUCCCAUGAAACAGAUGUGCAGGUAUCCUCUGCAGCUGUUCCCUGCCAUAAAUGUGGGAAGAUGUUUGUGAAGUGGCAGAUCUUGGAGGCACACCAUCUAUCCAAGCAUGCAGUGAGCGAACUUGCGGAGGGAGACACCUCUAGGAAGAUAGUAGAAAUGAUCUGCAGAACAAGCUGGUUAAACACAGGGAGCAGUUGCAGGCAAAUUGAGAGGGUCCUAAAGAUCCAUAACAUGCAAAGAAAUCUUGCUCAGUUCGAGGAGUACAGGGAGACGAUCAAACUGAAAGCCAGUAAGCUCCCAAAGAAGCACCCCAGAUGCCUGGCCGAUGGCAACGAACACUUAAGGUUCCAUGGCACCGCAAUCGCCUGCUCUCUUGGCUCGAAUGGCUCUUCCAGCCUUUGCACAUCAGAGAAGUGCAGUGUUUGUCAGAUCAUUCGACAUGGAUUCUCCUCAAAGAAGGAAUCCAAGGGAAGGAUAGGCGUGUUUACGACUUCCACUUGUGGCAGAGCACUCGAAUCCAUCGAGACUUGCGAAGAUGAUCCUUCGGUGAAGAAAGCACUGCUGGUUUGCAGAGUCAUUGCAGGUAGAGUUCACAAGCCUUUGGACACCUACCAAGAGCUCGUAGGUCGGUCUGCUUUCGAUUCGAUGGCGGGGAAGAUCGGGAUCUACGGAAGCAUUGAGGAGCUCUAUCUGCUCGAUCCGAGUGCUCUACUGCCAUGUUUUGUGGUAAUAUGUAAGCCAUGAAGUUACUUGGAACAAAUAAUGAGUUUAAUUCUCAUUUAUUGUUCCAAAUUGUUAUCUGAUCACAAGCAAAUUUGUCUGAAACUUUCAGUCCUCGUAUCAAUCACAGCCAAUUAGCAGGACAGGCAGAGCUGUUUCUGCUCUCCAUCCACAUCAACCUUUCAGUGGCAUGUCUUCAUGCCUGCAAUGUCAAGAACAGACCGAGCGACCCGUGAAUCUGUUUCU